AGGAAGAAGCGCAAUUGGGGCCGGGAGGCAGCAGAUUUUGUGACAGGGUUCGGGAACUACCAGUGGCGCCCCCAGGCCCCCCGUCCUCUCGGGCCGGGCCGUGAGCUCUUGCUCUGUGCGCAUUCCCUGUUUUCCGCGUCGGACCCGCCCUCUUUGCAGUGGCCCCGCGCGUGCGCAUAGCUGGGCGCGAGGCGCUCUGUGGGUCUCUGCGGGGCGGAUCGUGAAGCUAGUGUGUCAGUCAUUCCUCGAAGCGUGCUCUUGGGCUGUAUUUUGGAGCUAGCGUCCCUCCUGGUCAGUUUGGCGUUUUUAAGGCCCUGGUACUUGGUUUAGAACCGAGUGCAGUGACCGGUCUUGAGGCCCCUUCCCAGCCAAGAGAUGGGGGGAUGGAAGUUGAGUUGGUGCUGAAAGAGUUUGUUGUUGGGGCCUUCCAGCUGUGGACACCGGGAUUCAUGAGUUAAUUCACGAUCUUUAUUGAACGCCUAGAUAACACGGUGGGAAAGGCAACACAGUCCCUUAUGCACAGAGCUUAACAGUUUAGUAGGAGAGGCGCGGGCUGGUAACCAGGACAGUGGUAAAUGUAGUAGGACCACAGGUGGCUCCUAGCCUAACUCUGGGAGAAAAGGAGUUGGACCCAGAGGAGGCACGCCAGAGGAAGUGAUGGUUAUCUGAGACUGAGGGCUAAAGGGAUAGGCCAGGAGACGAGGGUGUAGAGGGGCCCGAGUAGUUGCAGACAAAAGUCCCGCAAUGAGGGAGGCAAAGUGUAGAGCUCUUGGCCGCCUGCAGUACCAUGGAACUUGGGUGCUAGUAGAGACAAAUGUGUUGGAGAGGGUAAACUAGGACUCUGUCCACCAGUGUUCAUUGUUCAGACUUUAUCCAGAGGUCAGCGGGGAGUCACUGGAAGAAUUUUAACUGGGGAGUGGCUGAAUAAUACCGUCAUUUAUUGAAUGCCUACAGUGGUUCCAGAAAAGUCUGGAACCAUAUAGGGAAGGAAAGAAAAUUUGUACUUCCCAGGGGUUUUAGGAGGCAUGUUUUGUAGAGCCCCAAUCUCCCAAGGGAAAAUUUGUAUUAAAAUCUCUUGUUGUAAGUAUGCAAGUUUUGAAUAAUAUGCCAUAAUAUAUAUUUAGAUGUUUUCUCAAAUCCUCAAGUUAUACUAAUGCUUCAGAACUUUGCAUCAUGUGUAUCCUGUGAUUUUUAUAGCCCUUGAUAUAUCCAUAAUGUUCCCUCCUUGCUUCUCUCUCCCAGCCCUCCACAUACAUAACCCAACCUUUCUCUGAGCGGGACACAAUUCACAAUUCUUUAUAGGGAAUGAAGGAUGGCAGCACGCCGUGCGUUAAAAGCUGUUUUGGUAGAUCUCAGUGGCACACUUCACAUUGAAGAUGCAGCUGUGCCAGGCGCACAGGAAGCUCUUAAAAGGUUACGUGGUGCUUCUGUAAUCGUUAGGUUUGUGACCAAUACAACCAAAGAGAGCAAGCAAGACCUGUUAGAAAGGUUGAGAAAAUUGGAAUUUGAUAUCUCUGAAGAUGAAAUAUUCACAUCUCUGACUGCAGCCAGAAGUUUACUAGAGCAGAAACAAGUCAGACCCAUGCUGCUAGUUGAUGAUCGGGCACUACCUGAUUUCAAAGGAAUACAAACAAGUGAUCCUAAUGCUGUGGUCAUGGGAUUGGCACCAGAACAUUUUCAUUAUCAAAAUCUGAAUCAAGCAUUCCGGUUACUCCUGGAUGGAGCACCUCUGAUAGCAAUCCACAAAGCCAGGUAUUACAAGAGGAAAGAUGGCUUAGCCCUGGGGCCUGGACCAUUUGUGACUGCUUUAGAGUAUGCCACAGAUACCAAAGCCACAGUCGUGGGGAAACCAGAGAAGACGUUCUUUUUGGAAGCAUUGCGGGGCACUGGCUGUGAACCUGAGGAGGCCGUCAUGAUAGGAGAUGAUUGCAGGGAUGAUGUUGGUGGGGCUCAAGAUGUCGGCAUGCUGGGCAUCUUAGUAAAGACUGGGAAAUAUCGAGCAUCAGAUGAAGAAAAAAUUAAUCCACCUCCUUACUUAACUUGUGAGAGUUUCCCUCAUGCUGUGGACCACAUUCUGCAGCACCUAUUGUGAAGCAACGUGUGCAUCUGAAGCAACUUGAAACGCAGCUUCUUAUUGUCUGGAAUGAAUCCCUUACCAACUCAGUGCCAGCAUCAGUAGACACCAGUCAGUGCUGAUCGCUUUUUAACCCUCUUUUGUUGUGCGUUAAUUAGAAAGAAAGGUAUUGAAUUGCGGCUAGCCAGUAAGCCUUGCUAAUCUCUUUUAUUUUGUAACUGAAGAUGAGACCCAAAGAAAGGGAAAGCUGAGAUUUUGUGCCAUUCCUUUUAAAAUAUUCAUCAGCUUAGGCGGGGCUGUGGGGGAAAAGCUACCACAGGGAAGAGUGUUUUCUGCUGUCUCUUCACUGGAAAACGGAGGGGGGAUUUCAGACUGUGAAGAAAGUUGAAUGGUGGUUUUUAAAUUAUAAAGAAAUGUAUUAAAAGGUGCAUUAGGCUGUAGUUCUAAUAUUGAGUUCAACUGUGAAAUCCAUCAGAUGUGCCAAAUGGAGAAGACAGAAAGCAACAAAGUGAAUUGUUCUUUAGCCCAAGUGAUACAGUGAAUUUGCUUUAACAGAUGUUGAAAACUAAAUUUUCUACUGUAUUCCCAGCACGGGUGACUUCUUUUUCUCUUCAUUAGCCAGAGAUGACUAAUUUAAAUUUAGAACCAGAUUUUAAUUUAAAUUAAUAUUUCCAUUAAUAACCUAUUCAUUGCAGAUACCUAUUAUACUGUGUAAUAGUUGUUUUGGAAAUUUUAUGUAAAAUUAAAACUAUCAGUAUUUUACAGAUGUUUUAAUUAGACAUUGUUAUUAACAGGAACAGUGCAGAAACUAGAAUCAAGCCUUAUAAUAUCUUAUAGACCAUGCAUUUUUGAAGUUAGUGUCCACUAGGGUCCUAUUAACUGUACAUUUGCAAGAUUUCAUUAUUUUUGCCUCUGACACUAUGGGAAAAAUUUUUUAGAAGCUAUUGGGACAGAUUCAAGCUUUUAUGCACUUGGUUACUACAGCUGUAAAAUGAAAUCUCGUCUUGUAGCAUGGAUUAUUCUUCUCAUGUUAAACCCACCAAAAUGAAGGGGACUAAAUAGGUAAUGAUUUUCCUAGUGCAUUUGCAUACUGUGAUAAUCCUGGGCCUUGCAAUAGUUUUACAGGGCUCUUGGGCAUUGAAUUAUUAGGAUGUAAUUGUACAUCAUUGUAGUGUUCACCUUAUUGAAGCUCACUCUGAUGUUAAUGAGCUUCGGGUUUUGAUGCUUGUUUAGAGAUCAGCAGUCUUGGAUGGGAGGGAACAAAGCUAAAUAAAUGUUAGUUUGGUGA